UGAUUUAGCCCCUAUCGUUCUUCGAUUGCCCGAGACGAGACAUAACACCCUCUCGCCGAUAAAUCCGAUAUAGAAACGUGUUGGGCUUUUAAAUUAUAUAGAUUACAUCGGGAUUUUUGUAAUGGGUAACGUGCUAGCGGCUUCCUCUGGCGCCAGUGGCGGUGGCGCCUCAAAUCUUGGCCUCGGUCUCCCGGAACCGGCACCAUUGCCCACAGAUUCCGGAUCGCCGUCCGGAUCUUCUUCGUCCGCCGCAGGCUCGAACUCGUUUGCCGCUUCCAAAGAUGCCCCAUUGGAGAAUCCGGGCACCGUUGAGGAGCUCCACAAAAAGUGCAAAGAUAUCCAGGCCACCACUUUCGAGGGCGCCAAGAUUAUGCUGAACAAAGGUCUGAGCAACCACUUCCAGGUGUCGCACACCAUCAAUAUGAGCAAUGUGGUACCAAGUGGAUAUCGUUUUGGAGCCACCUAUGUUGGCACCAAGCAAUAUAGCCCCACGGAGGCAUUCCCUGUGCUACUGGGCGACAUCGAUCCGUCGGGUAACCUCAACGCCAACGUCAUUCAUCAAUUCUCCGCCCGGCUGCGUUGCAAGUUUGCCUCGCAGAUCCAGGACUCUAAGAUGGUGGCCUCGCAACUGACGACCGAUUAUCGCGGCAGUGAUUACACUGCUUCGCUGACGGUGGCCAAUCCCAGUAUAUUCACCAACUCCGGCGUGGUCGUUGGCCAAUAUCUGCAGUCAGUCACUCCAGCCAUCGCCCUGGGUGCCGAAUUGGCCUACCAAUUCGGUCCGAAUGUUCCCGGCCGUCAGAUAGCUCUUGUAUCUGCCGUUGGCCGCUACACGGCUGGAAAUUCGGUUUGGUCGGGGACCCUGGGUCAGAGCGGUCUGCAUGUGUGCUACUACCAGAAGGCCAGCGAACAGCUGCAGAUUGGUGUGGAGGUGGAGACCAGCUUGCGCAUGCAGGAGUCUGUGGCCACUAUAGCCUAUCAGAUUGAUUUGCCCAAGGCAGAUCUGGUCUUCAGAGGCGGAAUUGAUUCCAACUGGCACAUCUCCGGAGUUUUGGAAAAGCGUCUGAAUCCAUUGCCAUUUACGCUAGCCCUAAGCGGACGCAUGAACCACGUCAAGAACAACUUUAGACUGGGUUGCGGGCUGAUGAUCGGUUAAGCCGGUUAUUUUGGGCAAACGCCAAUCCUUUCUUCAGCCUCAGACCCCAAGCACACACACACAUACAUUCAUUGUAACUUUUCACAUCAUCCGCUAACAACAAGAACAACAACAACAAACAAAGAGAUUUAUAAAUCGGCUAACAAACGUUUUUUAUGAUGAUCUGUCGUUUGUGAGUAUAAAAACAUAAUAAUCUGCAUUGAUAAAAGAAAAAAAGCGACCAGAAGUGAUCUGGGAUCCUAUCCUAUGGUAUAGCUUUUAUUCUUUAAUCCAAUAUGUUACCAGUGUGCCACUGUUCCUCGUCCGUUGUUAAUUCCCCCCUAUUUUCCCCACUGACAGAGUCAUAAACGCGGAGUUCAAAAUACGAGAAAGAAAAAUAUUCCACAAUUAUUGUACAUUUUUUUCCCUCAAAACACACAAACCAACAUACAACACACACACACAUCUUAAACUACAAACAGAAACUGUCCUUGUACAUUUUAAGUUGCUUCCUAAACGUACGCAUUUAUUUAGAACAACCAUUCAAUUUUCCGAAAACAAACAUAAAAAACAAUUUAAUAAAUAUAUAAAAUUAACAAGCAGAGACAAAUAAUAAAUGCGUAUGAAAUGUAUGUUACAAGCUAUCAAAUUGGUAACAAACUGCUUUAAGUUUAUAAUUUAUAAAUUUACAAUUAGUUCUAAUAACAAAUACGUUGUUAAACCAACCUUUAACCUUUAUGGCGUGAAUGAAUUAUGCAAAAUUCAAACCGAAAGAGAGAUGGCGCCGAAAUGUUGUGAGGGGAAAUAAAACCAAACAAAUAUAACUCCUAAAAAACACUUUUAUAAAACCCAAACAAUAUGUUAAACAUGUGAAAUAAUUAACAUACAUUGUAAUUUACCUGUUCCCAAGCCGAGAACCUUAAAAAUCACAAAAACAAAAAACAGAUUAUAAAUAGGUUUUAGAAAAAAAAUAAACAAUUUAAA